UGAAUUCUCACUAGAUGAAAAAUUGAAAACAUGUAGAAAAGCGAAAACCAAAGAGAGAGAGAGAGAAAGAAGGAGUAAGAGGAGCUUCCACAUUCAACCAAUCCGCGGCGAGCAUGUCAUCUACCUUCUUCUCACUGAGAGGUCAGAGUUCCACAAACUCUCUCUCUUGCAAUCGGGAUCUCUACACUUUUUGACACGAAUUUACCAACAAAACAAAACAGUGCUUGGUUACAUCUGCGUCUGCACUCCACUUCCCUCUCCAUGUUAGGGUUUUCUAUCUCCCACGCUUCUCUCCAUAUGUUUCGGAAUUAUUGAUUUUCUUCCUUCGAUUAGAUUCGAUUCGAUUUGUGGAAGCUAUGGACCAGCCGCUUCAACCGCAGCCGGAGGCUGCGGCUGCGGCUGCGGCAAACACCGCUCGGGGUUUGGAGGACUCCCGGCCGGUGGGAGCCACUGUCGCGCCUGCUGCAGGCUGUGCUGAUGUGGCCGAAAAAGAUGUUAGUAGUAGCGUGCCGAAUUCGGAGGUUACGGUCGUCGAAGGCGCCGUUUUGAAACGGAAGCGUGGUCGUCCGGCCAAGGGAGCUCCGAAAGUGGUGCCUGUCGUGAGACAAAAGAAGGACGAGGAGGAUGUUUGCUUCAUUUGCUUCGACGGUGGGAGCCUUGUUCUCUGUGAUCGGAGGGGUUGUCCUAAAGCUUAUCAUCCGACGUGUAUUAAGCGAGACGAAGCGUUUUUUCGAUCAAAGGCCAAGUGGAACUGCGGUUGGCAUAUAUGUAGCGCCUGUCAAAAGGCUUCGCAUUAUAUGUGCUAUACUUGCACGUACUCUUUGUGCAAGGGGUGCACAAAAGACGCAGAUUUUGUUUGUAUCAGAGAGAAUAAAGGUUUGUGCGGGAUAUGCAUGAGGACUAUAAUGCUGAUUGAGAACAGUGUCCAAGGAAAUAAGGAAAUGUGUGAAGUGGAUUUCGAUGACAAAAGCAGCUGGGAGUAUCUUUUCAAGGUUUAUUGGAUGUAUUUGAAAGGGAAGCUAUCUUUAACAUUUGAUGAGCUCCUACGGGCUAAAAACCCCUGGAAAGCUGUUGCUCCUAUGAGUUAUAAGGUUCAAAGUCCCCAUGAACUUUAUCAUCUUAGAGAUGACAAAGGCUCUGGUUCCGAGAACUCCUGUAUAGACAUAGAAUCAAAUAAUUUGAAGAACAAAAGGCCCAAGAGACAGCCAAAACUUCUUGGCAAGGGUGAUUGCCUGGACAGGAUGGGUUCAGGUGGCGACAGAGUUAUGCCUUUGCCUGAAUGCACAAAAUGGGCAUCGAACGAGCUACUAGAGUUUGUUUCACAUAUGAAAAAUGGUGAUACAUCUCUCCUGUCUCAAUUUGAUGUCCAGACUCUCUUGCUGGAGUAUGUGAAGAAAAAUAACCUUCGUGAUCCUCAACAGAUAUCUGAAAUUGUUUGUGAUUCUAGACUACUAAAUUUGUUUGGAAAAUCACGAGUCAGCCAAAUUGAAAUGCUAAAGCUCCUUGAAUCCCAUUUUCUUUUAAAACACAAUGGACCAGCAGAAAAUACUUUUGGAGCAGGAAUUAUUAAUACUGUUGCUGGUGAAGGGGAGGCCAUUGACCCUCAUAAUAAACAGUUGAUGUUAGUUAAUGACAAGAGAUCUAAAACACAUAAAAAUGCAGAUGUUCUAGUUCCGCAAAAUAACCCAAAUGCAUAUGCUGCAAUAGAUGUUCACAAUCUUAACUUGAUCUACUUGCGGCGAUGUCUGAUGGAGAAUUUAACUGAAGAUAUUGAAAAGAUUCACGAGAAGGUUGUUGGUUCAUUUGUGCGGAUAAGAAUCUCGAGCAAUGAUCAAAAACAAGAUAUGUAUAGACUUGUCCAAGUUGUAGGUACAAGCAAGGUUGCUGAACCAUACAAAAUUGGGACAAGAACAACUGAUAUUAAGCUUGAAAUUUUAAACUUAAACAGGAAGGAGGUCAUAUCCAUUGCUGAAAUUUCUAAUCAGGAGUUCUCCGAGGAUGAAUGCAAGCGGUUGCGUCAGAGUAUAAAAUAUGGGCUCUCAAAGAGAUUGACUGUGGGAGAGAUUCUAAACAAAGCAUUAACACUUCAAGCAAUUAGAGUUAAUGAUUUGCUGGAAGCUGAGAUUUUGCGGCUUAAUCAUCUUCGUGAUAGAGCAAGUGAAAAGGGGCAUAGAAAAGAGCUUAAAGAAUAUGAGGAGAAGUUGCAGCUACUGAACUCCCCAGAGGAGCAGCAACGCAGGCUGCAAGAAAUUCCAGAUAUACACUCUGACCCCAAUUUAGAUUCAAUGUUUGAGUCUGAUGAAGAUGAUGGAGAGUCGGAUGAAAGGAAGCAAGAUAGCAAUAUAUUUUCAAAAUAUCUUGGGUUUGAUAGAAGAGAGAGGGGCUCUUUUUUUCCAAGAAUUUCGAACAAUGUCUUCAAUGAUGCGGGAGGCAAAACACAAGACUUGCCUGUUACCCGAGAACAUGUUGGGAAUACAUGCACAGUAAAGAACUGUGACACAGCUAUCGAGGAUAGCACUACUACAGUUGUGAAAUCAGAAGUGUCUAGUGUUGCAGUGGACAUUUCACCAUCACUUAUUCCAGUGGAGAUACAGCAGCCACUUAAUGAAUUUUUGAAUGAUAGAUCGUGGAAUUAUCAAGAUCCAACUGGGAAGAUUCAAGGGCCUUUUUCUAUGUUGCAGCUGUACAAAUGGAAUGUAAGUGGAGGUUUCCCUCCAGAUCUCAAAAUAUGGAGGAUAGGUGAGAAACAGGAUAACUCUAUACUGUUAACGGAUGCACUAAGUGGGAAGUGUUCCAAAAAUGUGUCAUUGCCAUUCAACAACCCAUUGCUCUCUCUAGGGGUCAGUGUUACAUUGGAUAAUAAAGAUAAUAGUCAGGAUGCUGGGAAGAAUGUAGUGAAGAAUGGAAUUUCUGCAGAUGGGCAAAUUAUUGAACAGAGCAAGGAACAAAAAGUGUAUGAUACCUCUACCCAGUCUGAUGGUAAAGCUGAGCCUGUUAGGAGCAAUGGAUGGCUUGGGCCGCUGCAUUUAUACCCUUCACCAUUGACAACUGCCAUUACUGAAAAAAUGAAUGAAGCUUCUUCUGAUAAAUUAAGGAAAGGUUAUGGGAUUGUGCGAAACUCCCAAGAUAAUGGAAAUAAUGGCUCAAACAGGACAGUGGAUGGACAGAGUAAUAGUGGGCAAAGUUAUCAGAAGCCAUCAGAUAGUGAAGAGAAUUCAGGGCAAUCUUCUGCACAGACCUGGAGACACCCUAAUGUUAAUAGCUCUUCGGAUUGCCUGGUUACCACGUCAGCUCAUGUUUCGGGUACAAAAACAUCACCACAUAAGCUGGGAUUUGAUUUGCACAAUUCUCCUUCCCCUCCAGCAUGUAAUACAUCAUCUGGACAGACCUGGAGACCCCCUCAUGUUAAUAGCCCUUCAGAUUGCAUGGUUACCACGUCAGCUCAUGCCUCUGGUACAAAAACAUCACCACAUAAGCUGGGAUUUGAUUUGCAUAAUCCUCCCUCCCCUCCAGCAUGUAAUACAUCAUCUGGACAGACCUGGAGUCACCCUAAUGUAAAUAGUUCUUCUGAUUGCUUGGUUAACACACCAGCUCAUGUUUCUGGUACAAAAACAUCACCACAUAAGCUGGGCUUUGAUUUGCAUAAUCCUCCUUCCCCUCCAGCUUGUAAUACAUCUUCUGGACAGACUUGGAGACACUUUGAUAUAAAUAUUUCUUCCAAUUGCUUAGUUACCUCAUCAAAUCAUGUUUCUGGUGUAAAAACAUCACCACCGCAUAAGCUGGGAUUUGAUUUGCAUAAUCCUCCUUCCCCUCCAACGUGUAAUACAUCUACAUGGCAGGCAAUCAUUGGCGAGCCCAAUGAUUUUGAUGAAUCAGUUUCAGAUCUGUUGGCAGAAGUGGAAGCAAUGGAGUCACUUGGUGGCUUGGAAUCUCCCACUUCAAUCAUGAAAUGUGGCGAUGAUUUGACUGAAGGUUCUAAAAAUGACUGUCUCAGCUUUGUUGCAGACCUUGGCCCAAUGCUUGAUGCAGGUAAAGGUGAUGCACUGAGCUCCACUGGAGAUUUAAACUUACCAUCUCAACCGACAGCCGCAGAGGAACCAUUACGGCAAGCAGAUGUACAUCACCAUCAUCAAAGAAUUUCUGCUGAGCAUUCUUCUAGAAGUUCUAAAGUUGAGGUGGGUACAAAAACCGCAAGUGUCUCGGGUAAUCAAUGGGAUUCAGGCUCAGAAAAUUCACCCGUUGUUCCAUCUCCUGCAACCUUGGGCCUGGGUAUAGACACCACUUGGAGACUUGGGCUAGAUAGUACACCCUUGGGGUGGAGUGGAAUAGAUCAAGGAAAUACAAAUGUGGGUUGGGGAGUGGGACAAACAGCAGUGCAGGAAACCAGGAGCUCAAAUUCAUACACUUCUGUAACUCCAGGUUUUGGGGAUAACCAAACAAGAUAUGGCAGUGAUCGUUUUUCUGUGCCCAGAGAUCGGGGUUCUCAAGGUCAUGCUAGGGAAUCAGGUUUUGGUAGAAGCAGAAUUGCAUUUAACAGGCAACCGUCGUAUGGUGUUGGGAAUGGAGGCUCAUAUAGGCCUCUGCCCAAAGGGCAGCGUGUUUGUAAAUUUUAUGAAAGUGGGUACUGUAAGAAGGGAGCAUCCUGUGAUUACUGGCACCCAUGAUUUUAGAUUCCAUUAGCACUGGUGACAGUUGUUUUUUGUAAUCCUUAACAUAUCUGAAGUUGCCUCAUUCCAAUUGUUGUAAUUUAACCUGACAGUAUUAGUCAAGUGGCAUAAUUUUUUUAUAUGGAACUACUCUUGCUUGAUC